AUGAAGACUUCCGCCAUUCUUCUCGUUGUUGGUGCCUGCUUAGCCGUAGCAGCCCCCUCAGGAAUAAAGCCUGAAUCGAAUGAGGAAGCAAGCAUUUCAUUCUUAGAAUCCGUCCACUAUAAGAAGGAGGCACAGCCCGAAGCGGCGCCUGAGCCGGCCAUCGAAUUCCUCGAGUCCGUCCAUUAUAAGAGGGAGGCACAGCCCGAGGCCGAGGCUGAGCCUGCUAUUGAGUUCCUUGAAUCGGUUCACUACAAGAGGGAGCCCGAGGCCGAGGCUGAGCCAGCCAUCGAAUUCCUUGAGUCUGUGCAUUACUAA